AGCUAGUCAUAUAUUCAUUGAUGAAGCAGAUUUCCACCUUUUCAUCUUCACCAUCAAUAGGUACUUUUGCUUUCUUGUUCGGACACAGAUUGCUUGUAGGCCAUGCAUGUGUGGCUUGCUUACAGGACGGAUACGUAAUCAUUUUCAUUGUUUUAUUAUCAGCUUUGAAUUCUUGGAGAGCUUCUUUUUUUACACCUUUUUUGACAACACUGGCUUAGACGAAGAAGCACUCAAAGAAUCAUUGUAUGCCAUUGGUAUUAGUGUGUGGGUAAGUGGAGCAA